GGCGGCUUCUCGCCAAAUUAUACCUGGCAACCUACACGGCUUUGCUGGACCUCCUGUAGAGACUGAAGAUUCCUGCUGAUAUCCUGACAUGAAGCUCAAUUUACUUGGUACCACGGUCAUUCUGCUAGUUGCCUUCCUACCCCGCUUCGAAUGUCGGGCUAUUGAGAGCCCCGGCGGUGCACUGCGCGUCCCAGCACCUCAAACCCAAAACUCCCAGCAGCAGCAGCAGCAGCAGUCUGGUCCCAUCCUGGAGCGGCUCGGAGAGGAGUACUUCAUCCGACUGGGCAACGGGGACUCUAACUCUUUCCCAUCCUCGUCCAUGUAUCCCGGAGGUUCCCCUUCCAUCUACAACAGAGCGCUGCAGCUCCAGCAGCUGACGCGGCGUCUUUUACAGGGGAAAGUUGGGAACAUCAGGGCGCUCAUAGGCGGCUUCGGAGACCGCGGGGACGAGUCGAUGGAGAGGGGAAGGAGGUCCGAGGACCCGCCGAUAUCCCUGGAUCUGACCUUCCACCUGCUCCGGGAGAUGAUGGAGAUGUCCAAGGCGGAACAGCUUGCCCAGCAGGCGCAAAACAACAGAAGAAUGAUGGAGCUGUUCGGGAAAUGAAAUUUCCACUCCGCCAAAGAUUCAUUUUCUCUUUAUUUCUUUAUUUUCUAUUUUCAUUUUUACCAUCAGCACAAAACAUGCUCUGUACAAUAUAGUGCUGCUUUGUCACUCUAUUAUUUAUAGCUUUAACCUCAACAAUGGAGCGGCUUGACUUAUUAAGAUCCGAUUGUACCUUGCCAUUUUAAUGUUGGUGUCAAAUCUGUAGAAUUGCACCGUUCUUCAUAUUUGAGAUGAAAUACUUUCAUUAAGACAUGAAA